AUGCCUCGGCCCACCAGAGGCAGUCGAACAGCAAUCAAGCGCGAAGAACUAGACGACGACGGCAUCAUCGACUCCAAGCCAGCAAAGCCCAUCGUAUCCAGGCCAAAGCGAAAAGCAGAGGCCGAUUCAGACGACGACGACGCCAAACCUCUCGUCAACGGCUCCCCGAAGAAGGAAGUGCAGCAGAAGAAGAAGCGCAAGUCGAAAGCAGUCAAAGAAGAAGAAGAAGAAGCAAUGGUCCUCGCAGAGAGAACGGCCGUGUCUACCCUGGCCAGGGCCAUGUACAUUGGCGCCCACGUCAGUGCUGCAGGAGGCGUCCACAACUCCGUGACCAACGCCCUCCACAUUGGCGCAAACUCCUUCGCCCUGUUCCUCAAGUCCCAGCGCAAAUGGGCCAACCCGCCCAUGACGCCCGACGCCCAGAACGGCUUCAUCAGCCAGUGCAAGCAGCACCGCUACCUCGCAAACGAGCACGUCCUGCCCCACGGCUCGUACCUCGUCAACCUCGCGCAGGCAGACGCCGACAAGGCCCAGCAGGCCUACGACAGCUUCGUCGACGACCUCGCGCGGUGCGAGCAGCUGGGCAUCAGGCUGUACAACUUCCAUCCGGGGUCCACGGGGGGAGACGCCAAGGCCGCGGCCAUCGGGAGGAUAGCCGCGCAGCUGAACAGGGCGCACAAGGCGACCACGACGGUCGUCACGGUGCUGGAGAACAUGGCGGGCAGCGGCAACGUCGUGGGCUCGACGUGGGAGGACCUGAGGGACAUUAUAGCUCUCGUGGAGGACAAGGCGCGGGUGGGAGUAUGCAUCGAUACGUGCCAUGCCUUUGCCGCCGGCUACGACCUGCGGACCCCCGAGGCCUUCAAGAGGACGGUCGAUUCGUUCAACGACAUUGUCGGUGCCAAGUAUCUCAAAGCCUUCCACCUAAACGACAGCAAAGCCCCCCUCAACUCCAACCGAGACCUCCACGCCAACAUCGGCACCGGCUUCCUCGGCCUCCGCGCCUUCCACAACGUAAUGAACCACCCGGACUUCCAAGACAAGCCCAUGGUGCUCGAGACGCCCAUCGAGAGAAAGACGCCCGACGGCAAGACGGUCGAGGACAAGCAGGUCUGGGCCGACGAGAUCAAGCUCCUCGAGAGCCUCGUCGGCAUGGACCCCGACACCAAGGAGUUUGCGCGGCUCGAGGCGGAGCUGCAGGCCAGGGGCGCGGACGAGAGGCGCCGGAUCCAGGAGCAGGUCGACAAGAAGGCGAGCAAGGGGGCGAAGAAGAAGACGGGGAAGACGAAGAAGGGGGUGAAGAAGGAGGAGACGAGUGAUGGGGAGAGUUGUUGA